AUGGAGGGUAACUGGGAAACUUUCUUGGGAUAUUGUUUAGUCAUUGCUUUCUUAGUAAUAUUGCGAUUAUUUUACUUUAAUCGGAUACUUGGCUUUAUUUUAUCGAAGAUUAUUAGAAUAUUUACGUGGCGUCAAUAUAAUGCAUAUAUCGAAAUUGAAUCGAUACAAUUUUCGCCACUUGCUGGUAGAAUAUUAUUUAGAAAUUUGAAAUAUCGUUCAAUAAAUCAAUCAUUUAUAAUAUUGAAAGGUCAUAUCACCUGUCAAUAUUGGUUAUGGAACGUUCGAAAAGAAGAACAUCAUAAUGGUGAUAAUAAUAAUGAUGUUGAAGAACCUUGUCGAAUAGUUUGUCAUCUUGAUGGGGUGGAAUGGUUCGUUUAUAAUCGUACUCCUGCUUAUGAAGCUCUCAAAACCAUUAUAGAACGAGUGGGGAAAGAAAAAAUGAAUUCAUCAAAUAAUAGUUCUGAUAAUUUAUCUAAUUUAACAAAUAUAGAAACUACCGAUUGUGAACGAGGUGCUUUCAUCUUUGGUAAUUCAAAAACACCUUCCGUCCUCGUUGCAGAAUUUUCUCAAGCUGGUGGAAUUUAUGCAGCAGUGAAGUCAAGAUCAACUUUUGAUUAUUAUAAGAGAGUUUUAGAUUUGAAAUUUCGAGAACCUAAAAUACAUUUGAAACCAAAUAAUGAAUGUAGUGAGGAUUGUAUAGGUAUAGUAUCUCAAAAUGAGGAAGAAAAUGGUAAUCUAAGUGGUAAAUCAAAUUUACAAUAUGCAGGAUCAACUGAUAAGGAUGGUGACAUAAUAUUUGAAUAUGCAAAGGUUCCAACGAUAUUGACAUGUUUUCUAUUGGAAAUGACAUAUUACGUAGAUGUUGCCGGUAAAGUUCCAUCAGAACCAAUUUUGAUAACAAAUCCUGAUGAAAUUGAAAUAGGAAAUGGGGAUUUAUCACCUGAAUGGGGAAUAGACCUUGUUUUUGAAAAUGUUCAAAUAAAUUAUGGUCCAUGGGCAGAUCGUCAAAGGGUGUUACUUCAGAAUUUUUUCUUUCCACCUUUAUACCGAAAUUCUGAACCAACCAAGAUGCUUUGUCCUGGUCAAGAUAGGAUUCAUACCUCUUUAAAACUUCUGUUUCAAUUUGCUGGUACAGUUACAAUUAACAUUCCUACUAGAGAAGCUUCCAAGAUGCAUUCAUUAAGUUUAAAUGAUGAAAAUUAUUAUUCUGAAGAAGAUUCAAACCAUAAUAAUCAAAGGCAACAUGGAUGGAUAGAAUUAAAAUUGGGAGAAGAAUCAACUAUUAAUAUGACAUUUCCUAUGGUAUAUACUGAUAAGGGAUAUACCAAUAAUUUUGAAAUAGAUUUUGAGAAUUUUAAAACUCGAACUAGUGUUAAUGAUUCAGAAAUUUUAAAUAUUCAACAAGCAAAGAUAAAAUGUAAUUUACCAACUCCUUUAAUUUGGAAUGGAAGAAGAAAAUGGGAAUUUGAUAUUCAUUUAACAGAUUCAAAAAUAUUUUUACUCAGAGAUCAUAUUACAUUAUUUCAAGAUUUAACAAAGGAUUGGACUGCUGGUCCAUCUCAAGAUCGAUUGCGUUUUGUACCUAUGGAAUAUGAAUUUAAACCAAGAUUCACUAAUUUUGAAUUAUAUCUUUAUGUUAAUGAACAAAAUAUCAUUAAUGAACCAGCUGAUAUUGAUGAUAAUGCAUUCAUUAUUAUCAAAGGACCAAGAAUAUGUUCAAAUUUGAUUAUACCUUUUUUAUAUUAUGAUCAAGAAAUUACAAAAAUUGAAUUUGAUGUAGAAGUAACAAAAGGAAAUGUUUUAAUGUCCCCUCAUAUAUCUCAAACACUUGGUGCAUUUUUAAAUGAUGAUUGUAAAGAUUUUGGUAGAGUUAAUAAUUUUACACUUUAUGGAACAUAUCAAUAUUAUAAUUCUGCAAAUCCUAAUAAUUUAGAAUCUCUAUCCUUGACUAUGAAGGUUGCUUCUGAUCCUUUUGAAGUAUAUUUGACAGUAAUUGUUGAGGAUGGUACUAUAUUACUUCCUGAAAAUUUAUAUAAUUGUGAUCAAUCUUCUACAAUCCAUUUUCAUGAGCUUCAAAUAGAAUUAAGAAAUCUAGAUUUAUAUAUGGAUCUGGAUGUGACUGUUAGUCCAUUAACCUGGUCACUAAAUUCAGAACCAACUACUAGAAGACCCACAAUGAAAUCAAGAGCAACCAGAGAACCAAUUAAUUAUUUAUAUAUUGAAGAUUUAAAUAUAUAUGCACAUCGCUUAUAUGGUCCAUUACCAUUAACAGCUACUUAUGUCUGUAAUUGGGAUAUUAAUAUUGGAGUCAUUUUUGGAUCAUUGAAACCUUCAUUUUUAUUGAAUGCAACAUCAAUCGCUAAUGCAUUCAUUUAUCAAUUCACUGAUGAUGAGAAUGCUUUACCAGCUGAAUAUGCUGUUCCUACUUAUCCAGAUGUAACUUUCUUAAAUUUUAAAGUGAAAGAAGUUGAUAUUUCUAUUUGGGGACGUGAUAGUGGAACACAAAUUCUUCUCAAAGAAGGAUUAAGUAUAAAAUUUGACGAUCUAGCUAAUGAAAAGUUCAACUUAAAAGUUGUUAUUAAUUUACCAGAUAUAAUUAUUAGAAGUUUGUUAUUGUCUUCAAUUAGUUCAAGCAAUUCGGAUUUUAUAAAUUUUAAAUCGGAAGCAGAAAAUCCUUGGGUAGAAGUGGCAAGCUUUGAAUGUGCUUUUGAUGUCACCUUAUUUCAUACAACUUCUGAACUGAAACAGAGAUUUGAAAGUCAACAGGAAUUUCUAAGAGAACAAGAUCAAGAAACAUUGCGAGUACCAUUUCUCUAUAAUUAUGAUCCUGAAGAAGAUCUUGAUGGUUCAAACGAUCAUCAUAUUGGUUCUUUAUAUGUUCCCCCCAUGCCUACUCCUUUACCAGAUGACAUUGAUGGUACAUCUGUCUUAUACAACAAUGAAAGUAAAAAUUCAUCAGCUGUGGAUAUUUCAACUUCUGUUCCUAAGAAAAAUAUUCUUCACUUUUUGGGGAAUGAUUAUGGUUUUUAUCAAAAUAAUAAUGAUGAUUUUGAGGCACAAAUUGGGGAUGAUUGUAUCUCUAUAAUUUCAGGAUCUGGUGUUAGUAUUUCUAACACUUCUUUUCGCACCGCGCCAGGCUUUGAUAGUGAUGAUAGUGAUGAUAGUGAUGAUAGUAUUGAAACUGUUACUCAUAAAGAAAUAAUUAUUGGUGGAGAACUAUCUCCUGUUGGUGAAGUAAUGUCUCCUCCUGUUCCGAGAUCUAUACCAUACAGAAGUUAUUUAAGACGAUACUACAAACGAACUACAAAUAGACUUUCAGCUGGCACAUUUAAAAGUUCUUUUCUUAGACCUCCACGUGUUUCAUUUUCUGAAACAAAAUCACCUGAUAUCGAAUCCAGUAAUUCUCAUUUUAAUUCAUUUUUCGAAACUAAACUUGAUGACCUUGAUUCAAGUGACGAAAUACUUCCAGAGUUUUCUGCAUCAACGCAAAAGAAUGAAAAGAAUGAAAAGCAUGCCGGAAUUGAAGAACAGACAACUAUUGUAUUCGAAACAACGAAAAAUGUCAAAGUCGUGUUAACUCCCAUAUUUUUGAAAAUUGUUGUGGAAUUCUUAGAAUCCAUAAAAGAUGAGGAUUGGGAUAUUGAAUCAAUGCUUGACGUGAUGCAAACAGAUUAUGUCCGUGCACUUACCAAAAUAUUUCUUUUUAAAUAUACCACAACGAAAUUUGUUGCUUUUAUCCCAAGAAUUCAUCUACAGUUUAUUCAGGAUGUUUUGCUUCCCGAUGAUCUUAAUACUACUAAUGAAGAACAUCCUGGAGUUAGGACAAGAUAUGAUUUAACAAAUACUAUAAUGUGUGCGGUUGCAGACCUUAUUCUAGAUCAAAAUUUAAUUUCUGGGUUAGUGAAAUUCGAAGAUGAAAAUUUUAAAUGCAAGGAUAAAUCUAAAAAUGGUUUUCCUUCUUUGAAAUUAAUUGAAUCUCGGAUUAAUUUAGACCUUGAUUCAUUGAAACUUAAUGUACGUUUUGCUACCGGUUCAAGUACAAUAGGUAUAUUUGGAAUACCUGAUUCCCUCUAUGAAUUUAAGACAACAGAUCCAUUAAAUAAUGAAAAGGUAGUAUUGGAUUUAUCAUUGGAUAAUAUAAGAUUAAAAUGGAUAGGAUGUAUGGAACCAAAUUAUUUUUCAUUCGAUAUAGAGUCCUUAAAUGUAAUUUUCAUUAGUCAAUCCGCAGAAAUAAUGACUGGUGCAAUUUAUUGGUGGUUAGUUUUUGCCGAAGAUCUCUCUAAUAUUAUAAAGAAAUUCAGAAAACAUCGUAGACAACAAUUACAAUACUUAAUUUAUUAUCUCGCACAAUAUUCUGAAUCCAAUCAUAUCGAAGGUGAUCCACUUUAUUUAACUUGUCCAUCUAAUGUCCUUAGAUUAGGCGCUCCAAAUUUAAAAAUUGAUAAUGGUUGGAAAUUACUUGGUCGAAUAAGACAUAUUAAAAGAUUAAUGAAACCCGAACAUCUUAAAGCAUUACAAAAUGAUUUAAAAGACGAUUUCAAGUUAUUUUCUAUGGAUAGUCGUAAAAUGCACGAACGUGUGGUUAAUAUUUUUUCGAAUUGGAGAGAUUGGGAAAUGGAUAAUAUAUCUGCUAGUCGAUUAUUCUUGAGAUUAUUUCAACAACAAACUGUUAAUAACAAAAUCAACAUUAAUGAGAAAAUCUACAGAUUUUUAGUAAAAUCAUCAAACAUUGGUAAAUUAUAUAUUGGUAAUAUUAAAAUCUCUCUUUUUGAAGAAUCUUAUAAAAAUUCUAUAGAAAUUGGACCGAUUUCUACAUGUCUAGAAAUUCGAUAUCAAAAAGAUACUUUACCAUCUAUUGAGGUUACUCGACCUAAUACAGAACCUUCUAGUAGUACAAAUGAGAUCGAAGCUCAGACAUAUCUCGGAUACUUGGAUGUCAUUUUUAAAAUUGGUAUUGAACAGAUUGAUGUGAAUGUUAAUCCUGAUAUUCUUGCUUUUGUCAAACAUUGGUUAAAAGUUCAUCGCGUAUUUAAAUCAAAGUUCGCAGCACUAUCAAGCAAGAAUUCUUUACAAGAAAAUAGUUUUCCUUCAACAACAACUAUUGUACUUAAACAUAAAUCAACUGGAACGAUUACUAGUAUGAAUGAUCUAAAGAUUCCCAAAUAUAAAGACAAAAAACGAAAGGAUGAAUUUAAUGUUAAAGAUUUAUUAUCAAGACUUAAUAUUUUUGGGCAAGGAAUGUUCUCAUUAAAUACGAUAAUGGUCACUGCAUCCGCUCAUAAUUUAACAGCAAAACUUCAAUUUAAUAAUAUUAAUUUUUCGAUAUGGUUUAAUAAUCCUAGAGCAUUAUAUUCCAUUGACAAACAAGAUUUGGAAGGUGGUUCAGUUAAUAAAAGUUCAGUUUAUCCAAGUUCGAAAGGAAGUGGUGGAAAAAAUCUGAAUAUUUUAAUAUUUUCAGGUGUUGGUGGUAUUGGAAAUAUUUUAGCCACUAUUGAAGAGAAUAAAAAUACUUUAUUAUACAUAGAAUUUUCACAGAUUUGCACUAAUAUUGCAAUAAGUUCUUUAAUCCCGAGUCGUUCAAAGAAUAAAGUUGACUUUGGUAAUUUCUUAUUAAAUAAUUUUUUGGUCUUUCAAAGCGUGACUGUAAAACUUCCUCACAGCCUUCUUAAACUUUAUCAUUUUGUUGAGAAUUGGAGAACUGAGAAACUGCCAAGAUACGAUUUUUUAUAUAAAAAAUUAUUGGACGAAUGGGAAGAACAACGAAAAAUGACCAUAAAUUCGCCCAAAAAUUCUAGCCCUCGUUUGCAAGAAAAAAAUGUUAAUCGAAAUUCAUUUGAAAUUAAAUUUCAAUUUUUGAUGAAAAAAUUUUCUCUUAAAACACAUAUGCUUCCUUCUCUCGGAUUUCAUUAUGACGCGUGGGAUUUUCUUGUUCUGUUGGAACAACGUAAUAGUCACUUUGGUAGAAAUAAGAUUAAUUAUUCUGGUCAAUUAAUUAAACAAGAUAUUUAUUUUGUUACGCAUCAAAGUAAAAUCAAUCAAACUCAAAGUGAAAUAACUUCUACUUCUGAUGAUAUUAAUGAUGAUCAUCAACAAGAAACAGCUUUCACCAUACCAACUAUUAGAACUACAGGAAAUAUCAAACCAUUUGAAAAUCGAAAACAUCAUUCUAGUAAUAUAAAUAAUAUAAAGAAAGCAACAACCUCAACAGCCAUGUCAAAACAUUCUAAAUUAGAGUCUGUAGUAACAUUAAAUUUUGUAAAAUUAAGUUUGAAUGUAAAUAUCAUUGACAAUUUAUUAACUGCACAAUCUCUCCUUGGAAGUGAAAUAAAUGAUAUAUUGGAUAUAUUUUUAUUUUCAUCAAAAAAAUUAAAGGAAAUUGAAACUUCUGAGAAAACAAAACAUUCAUUAACGGGUAUUUCUCCCCCUGAAGAUGAAAAAAGAUUAUUUUAUAGUCUCGAAAUCUCUCUCAGAGGUUUAAAAAUUUCAGCAACAUGUCCUUCAGCUGUUGGAUUUUUUGAAACUAAAAUUUUAAAUGGUCAUAUUACAAAUUUUCCUUUGGCGAGUAUUUCAAAGAAAACAAAAUUACAAUGGAAAUUUUCUGCUCAAAAUUUUUCAUUGUCUCUUAAUCAUAAUACAGGUGUUAAACAAAAGGAAAUGGUAGAUGAUGAUAUUCGAAAAUAUCGUAUAGCUUACAUUGUAAUUGAUUUGGAACUAAAAAACAAGCAUGAUCGAUUGGAAUUUUCCAGCAAAAAGUCAAAAACAAAUGAAAAAUUUUUUGACCCUAUAGAAGAAUCAUAUUUUUUGAAAUUAUCCAAAGUUCAUGCUGUUAUGCAACCUAUCGCGUUAGGACGUUUAUUUGAUUUGUACAUUUACUAUAGUGGAGAAUUGGAACGAAGAAAAGAAAAGAAAGCGGCUGAAAUAAAAAAAUUAACUGAUAACACUCUUAGAAUAAUGAGAUCACUUAAUGUGGAAAUACCAAAAUAUAAGUCUAAGAGCAAAUCAUUAUUAGAUAAAAAGGACUUGUCACUUGAAAUUUUAAAAUUUGCUGUUGCGCUUCCUCUCGAUUUACAGGAUGAAUUAUUAUCAACUUCUGAAAUUAGUGAUAUCAUUGAUUCUCCUAUAGAUUCACAAAUUUCAGCAUUUAUUUUAUCUACAUCAAAAAUGUAUUUCAAUACGAGAAAAUGGAAAUCUAGUUAUGCAACUCUUAAUGAUCUACGUCUUCAAUUCGUACCAAAUUUCGAUCAAGGAAAUGAACUUCAUUUUUCUUCACAAUUUCAUAAAACACAGAAUCGAAUUUCUUUUCCAGAAAUUUCAUUCGAAAGUAAUUCAACUGGAACAAGUCGUGAAAGAUUAGAAAAUUUUACUGCUGAAGCGAAUUUAAAUUUAAGUAAUUUAGGUUCACAAUCUCAACAACCUAAAUCCAAAAGUGGUAUAGAUUCACCACAAGAAAAUAUUACAAAUAUUAUUAAUUUGUGUUUAAAAAUUUCAUUUGUAGCUAAAAGUGGAAGAAUAAAGUUAUAUUCUAAAAGUUAUUUGGCUAAACAUAAUAAUAAAAAAGCUACAAGUAAUAAGAUACCUAGAAUAUCACGAACCUCAAGCGGUAGUAUUUCUUCCAUUCCUCGAUUAAAUUUGGAUGGUAUGUCUAAUUAUGCUCAAACUAAUUCAGAUGAAAUGCCAGGAGAUCAUAGUAUAGAUGAAAUUACGAUACCAGGACUUAGCAUAAAUACAAUUUAUCAGGCGGUUUUAGGACAAAUUUUUUCUCCAACGAAUGAUUUAGUGGAAAAACGUAUACAUAUAGAACUUAUUAUACAUCCAAGUUCAAAUAGACUAUUCCCUUCUUUAGUACCAUUUUUCAAAGACAUUAUGGAUGGUCUCAAGAUAGGUAUACAAAAAUCCAGUGAUAAAAAGGCUAUUUCAGUUAAAGAAAGUGCUCGUGGUAUGAAUAUUACGUGUUAUUUGAGACUUUCGCGUACUACAUUCGAACUUAGUUGUCUGCCUACAUCAAAAGUAUUUUGUUCUCUUAAUUGGGAGGAAGGAAAUUUUCUUGUAUCUUCGAACAGUGCCGAAGGAACUCAAUGUUUAACAUGUGUUGGCAAAAUUAGAGGGGCCUCAGGAAACAUUCGUCAUGCUUUCUCACCCGAAGAUUGCUUAAAAGCCGAAACCAAGGACAUUUCAUUUAAUGCAAUUUUAAUGAGUAGAAGAACUGAAAUUAUUUCUGAUGAUUCAAUAUCAAUAAUUGUUGAACUUCCCCAAAUAAUGGCUGAUUUAAAUAUUCGUCACUUACAAGAUUUAUUAAUGUUGAAGACUAUUUGGUUAGAGCAACAAUUAUUUCGUACAAUAAAUGAAGAAUACAUUAAUAUCGAUAGUAGAUCUUCACCAUUUCAAUUUACAACACAAGAUGAAGUUAAACCCUAUUCAUUUUAUUUGUUAGUAAAAUUGAAGCAACUAAAUUUAUCUAGUGAUUUAGGUCAGGCAGUUGGAAAAGUACGAUUUAAAACAAAAGAUAUUCAAGUACGUACAAAAAAUGUUCCCGGAAUUGUAAAGAAACUUACAGCAUCAACGGAUAUUCUUGACAUUAAAUGUGAAGGUCGUCUUAUGGGAUAUGCAAGUAUGACAGGUCUUACUUUUUCAACAUUUCUUAGAACACUUCCUCGUACAGUUUCUGAUGGUCCUACUUGUGUCACGAAUUUAUUAUUUAAAACUGAGCGAAUCCAAUCAUCAUUAGAAUAUGAAUAUCAAAAAAUCCUAAUUUUAGAAAUGGAUCCAAUGGAAUUCAGACUCACCGAUAAUUGGAAAAUUGUAUCUUUAGAAAAAGCUUCAGUAUUGGUGCACGCAGAUAUAUCAAUUAGACAAAUUCAAGCAAUCGCUGUUAUUAAGACAAUACCAAUAUUUCUUCAUAUGGGAAAUAAAUUAUUAGCAUUAAUUGAAGAGAAGAAGUCAGCAGCAACUAAUGUUAUCUUAGAAUCAAAGAGAACUUCUACCAAUUUACAUUUACAUCCUCACACAUUUAAUCCAUUAGCAUCACCAAUAUCUGCUACAUCAUCAACAAGUGUAAUGACAUUUAAGGAAGUUGUGGUUGGUGGAUUAAUUGUUCACCCAGUUGGAAAAAUUACAAUCGCGAUGGAAAAAGCGCAUCUUACAGUUUAUCCGAAUAAUUUUUAUGAUUCUGAUUGUGUACAAAUUGGAUUUGAUGGAUUAUUAAUUGAUAUGAAAAAAUUUAUUGAAGAUGAACGAAUUCAUCGAGAACUUAUUGUUCAACUUAAUGCAAUUGCAUUAACGAAAAAUACAUGUAAAAAACUUAAUAUUAAAGAUGGAAAAGGAUUAACAUCCCAACAAUGGUUUGAACAUGUUAAAACUUCAUCAAAAAACAUUUUUACACUUCCAAGUACGCAUUUAAUUAUGACCACAAUGCAAAAAAUGAGUACUAAUUUAGUCGAUCAUAAAUUUGAAGUUGACUUUAGAGGAAAACUUGAUGUUGCCUUAAAUUUUGGUUUAAUUAGAUAUCUUCAAGAACUGGCAACAUUAUAUAAAGAGCAAUUAAAAAAGAAUGCAGUAGGUUUAAAUUAUGAAUCUCCCAAAACACCAAUUAUUGCAAUCGGAAGUAAUCGCUCAGAAUCACCAAAAUCUAGUCCGUCAUCAAACGUUUCAGGAGAAAAUCAACCAUUUUCUUCAAUAAUCAAAGAAACAAAAAUUUCAACAUCAACAGAUGGUGGAAUUUUGAAAGAUGGAAGUAGUAAUAGUAGUAAAAUUGAUGAUGGUAGUGAGAAAGAAGAAAAAAGCAAGAUUGAAAUAAAAUUUAAUCCAAUAGUACCAGUAAAAUUAGAACCACAAUUACGUUAUUUAGGUGAUGCUACACCCCCCUUAGAAUGGGUAGGAGUACAAAGAGCAAAGGUACCCGGUUUUGUCCAUACAGCUAUUACAAUGAAUUUGGAUGAAAUUAUUAAUCACAUUACUAGUGAAUCAUUUAAAGCUGCACAAGCUCUAUUAUGA